CUAAACCUGGGGCAAGUUGGGGACUUUCACAGAAUGUGAUGGUGCAUCUCAGCCACAGGACUAGGGACCAGCCAGCAAGGACUCAGCAGGUCAUAUCAUAGACUGCAGAGACUGUCAGAGUGCAGCUUAUAUUGACCUCCAUCUGAAAUUAAACCACAAAAAGGGCAUUUUCUCUCCAAAUCAACCCAUCUACCAGAACAACAGAAAGGUAUGUAUGUCAUCUUGCUAUUUGAUUAUUGCACUUUCAGUCCUCCAAAAAAUGUCAAUUAUUGUGUUUUCCUAGACAGUGAUGGCAAACCAUAAUACCCCAGAAAUAAUUCUAAUAUGACAUUCUCCACGGCGAGCAGUCGGUUUAUAAGUUUGGCUGAGAAUCUGUAAAUGUAGUUUUGAAGUUUUGCUAAGGAGAGUUUGCUCACAGUAAACAUGUGGGAUAUGCAUUCGCAAAAUUUAGCCAAAAAUAAUUAGAGCCUUUAAACAAAAUUCAUCUCUAGUGAAUCUGAAACUGGCCUGACCUUAGCAAAAUCGAUUGUCAGAUCUGUACAAGUCGCUGUUUAGUAAAUAACCCCCCACCAUCUCCCUCCAGGUAUGUAUUUAUUUAUUUUUAUUUUUGCAUUACAGGUUUAUAUUUGAUAUGACCAUAUUUACUGAAAAACACGAAUAUUGAAUUCUGAUAUGAUUGUUAAAUCAGAUCAAUAUUUGUUAAUGUUGACCAAACAUCUGAUUAUAAUUUCUACAUGUAUAGUGUGUAGUUAGAAUUAUAUAAAUAUGGAAAUGCGCUAAACUGGGUAGAAUUUAUUGUAUUAUAAUUAUAUAUUGCUAUUUAUUACUGUGCGAUGGUUACUUGUUAAACUUUUUUUUUUUUUACUAAGCAGUAAUUUGUAUAACACAAGAGAACGUUAUAUAAACUAUGUGUCCGUUUCUGUGUUAUUGUUUGGAUAUCAUUGACAAGCUGUAGUUAUUCUGAAUAUAAAUAAACAAAUGAACUCUAAAGAUUCAUGGGAUUUACAUUGUUACUGUUCGUUUAGUGUCCGUCCAGGAUACUCCAGUCUAGUUAGUAGUUGGACAGUUAAUGAAAUGCAACAUUUUCUUUGGAGUUUGGGAGUAACAGAUGUCAUUUUAUCAAUAUGUCUGACUGUUUAACCCUUGAUGACCAGGAAGCCAGCAGGGUUGUGAAAUAUAAAUAUUGACAGAUUGGAUCUCUGAAGCUAAAAGAUUUCUCGGUAGUUGUUGCUCUGCCACAGACCCCCAAAUGUCCUGUUUAAUAUUCCUUUGUCACCAUAAAAUCUAUUUCUUGCCUGGGGUGAAUUUACCAACAGUAAUCUUUUCAGUUAUGCCAAACAAAGACUUAGAUUGUAAAUCCAAUUUAAUUUCUAUAAUGGUGUUUUAAUAAGAUACCGUGAGAUGUAACAAGGGGGCUUAGAAUGGGUUCAGGGUAUGAGAUUAGAGGGGGGCGAAGAUUUGGUCAAACAUGUUUUCAAAGUCCAGUUGAAAGCUAAAUUUCACCGAUUAGAACGUUCAAUCCACAAAUGUAACUUUUGCCAUAUUUCCUUAAUAACAAAAUAACAUUCAGUAAAAAUAUUAUCGAAUAUGGGAUACACAUUUUAUACUGUAUGUAAUGUAUAUCGAAACUAUAAAAAAGAUUAUGCAAUUUUAAGACAAGUUUAUAGUAUACCAUUUUUUUUAUAUAUAUAUAUAUAUUUUUUUCCUGAUAAAGCUGUCUAAUUGUUCUUAACCCAUCCGAGGCAGGAGUUAUACAAUAUAUAUAUAUAUAGUUAAACCAUGCUUAACCCUUUGAGAGAUGGAAGGAUAAAUAGUUCACCGCUCUUGUAGUCAAAUAAAGAAGUGGCAGGAUUAAAUUACACAAGCUCUUUUAAUUAGUGUCUGAUUUGUGUCUAAUUAUUACUUAAUUUGCUGAUUAGUAUUGUGAACGAUUUUCACACUGUUAGGCUGCUACUUAAUUUUUGUUCCUGUUUUAUAAUCGAAUGAAAAGAAGACACUUUGUAAUGGUGUCAGGGAUAAUGAUAAAUUAAUAUCAUUGUCUGCUGUUAAACCCAUUUUCACCUCUAUUAGAUGCAGGACAGAAUGGGAUCAGCAUGCAUAUCUUAUAGCUUAGCAUCCUAUACAUCACAGCAGCAGUGCCUUCAGGCUAUGGGGGUGCAGUAUAGGACAUGGGGCCAGGACAGAGGGUGUAGUUAUGGCCAGGGGACUGCUUGAAGGACAGGGAGAUAAGGAACUGCCUUAUUCCAUCUGCUGCCAAAAUCAGGUCCAAAGCUGUGCAGAAUGAACUGGCCAUAUGAGUUAAACUGAACAGGACAUAAAAUCAAAUCAUUAGUGAUGUCUUCAGAAUGCUUGUCAUAAACAGGUCAGAUCAUGUAACAAAUGUCCUACUAAUUCUAAUGUAGUGUUUAAUUGCACAGCACUUUGCAUUGCACUUGAUGUCACUUUAUAAUUGACUGCAGCAAGCUAAAUGGGUUUUACAUAAAGGGAUAUAUUGAGUGGUGAUACUAUAUAAGUCGAACAUUGGUCCCCAAAGUGAUUGCUCCAAUUUUCAAACUUUGGUCCAGAAUUCCUCUGUGCAUGUGAUUCCUGUAAUGUGGGCACAUUUUCUGAGCUUCCACAUAUAACCAAGGGCGUUAUUCACUUAAUGGCUGAAUUAUUAUUAUUAUUAUUAUUAUUAUUAUUAUUAUACUUUUACUUCUAUAUCGCCAACACAUUCCGCAGUGCUGGAUUGUGGUGACAUUUUUUUUUUCCGACUUAUAUACUUUGGGUAUUAUCACUGGCAGUCUUAAUGUUGCAUAGUUGGUCUCAGACUUUCACUCAAUAAAUCAUUCAAUAUGUGUCAUGAUUUCCACUUGGAGAGAAUUAUAUUAUAAUUAUUAUUAUUAUUAUUGGUAUUUAUAUAGCGCCAACUAAUUCUGCAGCACUUUACAAUAUUAUGAAAGAGGAGGAGAUUUACAAUUGAUGAGGGAAAACACAGUGACACAGUAGGUAGAUGAGGGCCAUGCUCAAACGAGCUUACGAUCUAGAGCAGUGAUGGUUAACCUUGACACCAUAAAUUGUUUCUGGACUACAUUUCCCAGGAUGCUCAGCUAGCUUUUAGAGUCUAAAAUCUAGCUGAGCAUCAAAGGAAAUGUCGUCCAGAAACAAUUUAUGGUGUCAAGGUUAACCAUCACUGCUCUAGAGGAAAUUAUUUCCCUUCCAAAAUAUCAAAAUUAUUGGUUACCAGGUCCACACAAUCUACCCUAAACUGUCUUUAUUUCGACAACUUUUCUUCCAAAUGUCAUCAGCAUUGAGUGAAUAGCGUACAGUGCAAGUGUAUAGAAACAACCAGCGACUUGUAUAUCUAGGCCGAAAAAACUGGAAACGAAAAAAUUCAAUUGACUUAUUUUAGGCUGUGCCUUGCAUAUUCAGUCUUACAACAACUCAUUACUUAAUGACUAGGCCCAAAACAUGUUUUUCUUUUUUUUAGGGACCCGGCGAGAUAGAGACAUUUUACUCUAAACUCCAAAACUGAAAUAGUUCACAAUUGCUUUGAGAAUUGGAAUGUGUUAGAACUAUAGUUGCUAUAUGUAUAUUGAAGAAGUACAUUGGAGACUGGUCUUCAAAGGAGCAAGAGCCAGUGACUUAAUAUCUUGCAUGUUUGUCUGUCUGUCCAUCAAACAUUAAGUACUUUUAAUUGUGUUUUAUGUGCACUUUAUUAAAUUACAAUUUUGAAUCGCUAAAUAGUAAAUUUAUGUCACAUUGAAAAAUCUAAGCCAACAGAUCCGAGUCUGGAAAAUAUACAUACACAUACGUGUAUUUAUUUGAGGAAAAAGUCAUUUCUUGAUUUUUUUAAACUACUGUUUUUCAUGGUAGUUAACUCCUAAUGAGUUAAGUCACAAAAUCAUACAUUGCAGAGUGAUGGUAAAAAAAUGUCAAACUUAGGAUAAAGUAGAUGAUCGAAUGUUAUAUCUGAAUCAGUGAAUUUCUCCAGUUUAGAUAUUUUUGCAUAAGAUUUCCAAUUCCCUUCUCGUUUCUCCAUGCUUUGCAGUCUAGUGAUUUAACUUGAUAACUACAGACAUUAUUAUUAUUAUUAUUAUUAUUUUUUUUUAACCCAUGUAUUGGAUGGUCAACUUGACCUUUUCCCUGGAGUCUUAAGUUGGUUCCGGAAUAUGCUGAGGAUUUAAAAAUAAAUAAAAUAAUACUGAUGUCACAGAGCACUGAAUAGCCAAUAGAAAAUCACUGGUCCGAUGCCUGUUCUUUGUGGAAAAUAAGUGGAUAAAAUACUGCAAUUCCUCAAUUUUUCCUAGAAUUAUGAAGAGGUGAAGGUCCAAGGUUUUAAAUUUAUUAACAUUUUUAUGAUUCUGCUUUAUUCAAAAUAACGGGGGAGGUAUUUACUAAAAAGUAGUUGCACUUUCCUGAGGGUGUUUAUGUCACUUGUCUCUAAGAGAUGACAGGGCAGGCGGGUCUGUCAUUGUUGGGAAUUAUUUUCUGCAACAAUUCAGGAAAAAACAAACUGUAUGUCAAGGUUACAAUGCUAUAUAAAAGGAUGCUUGUCACAUUAAGAUUUAAUAUUUUUUUCUUAUUUUUCUCUUAAAUCAUUUUCAGUCUCACCGAGACAUUCAUCACUUUAUUCACAAAAUUGGGAAUUGGGAAGAACUGCAGAUUUUAGAUCAACAUAGAUAUUUGAAAAAAAUCUUCCAUUCGGCUAUUUUCUCAACUUGGCUAUUUAGACCUAACAUCUGCAUUUCUCUUGUUCAAAUCUCUUUUAUUUCUCUGUUUAAUAAACACAAUAUUGUAAAUGCGAGGGCCUCUGGUUGACUCACAGUUUGCCCAGUAAGGUAAUAAUUAGGUUGUGCUCUGUUUUAAGAACUACUUGGGCAGUAUUUGUGACUGCCUACCUGCAGUUGGUGCUUUUCCCCUGAAUGUUGCAGUCUGAUUUUCAAUUUUCUACAAUUCAGUGUUUAGUAAAUAGACCCAAUUGUAUGUGACCCCCCUAUAUGGAGGGUACUUUGCAGCUCUAUUUUUUACUAUUUUUUACUAUUUCAUCCAUAAUGUUAGGGGUUCCCUGCUAUGUGUCUUUAUGUUAGAGUGUGAUACAUCCUUUGCUGGUUAUUUUAUUUGAUAAUCCUGGGAUUAUGUCCCCCCCCCAAAAAAGCUAAAAAAAUAAAUAAAUUGCUAUUUACCCAGUACAAAAUAAAAAAAAGUACUGCUUUAUGUAAAUUAGGGAGAACCAAGUGAAGAUGUCUCCAGAUGAAACCGCAUUUUGGUAGGAAUUGCAGAGCACAAACAGGUCUAUUAACCAAACAGUUUUACUUAUUUUAAAUGGACAUUGAGUCUAUGAGCUAUUUCAUCGCAACUUAAGGUAAGAAGUGUGUUGGGAGGUUAGUGAUACCAGAAUUAUUAUUUGGGAUAUUUUCAUAGAUGUUCUCAAUUAUUUAAAAAAGGAUGUAAAAAUACCCAUUUGUAUACAGGGAUAGUCAUGAUAUAAAUGCAUAAUACACAAGAUCCACUACACUCACUCAUCCACUAAACAGCAACUUCAAAGCUCACAGAUUUGAUUUGUUUUUUCCCAUCUCUCCCACCCCCAAAAUCACAACAAUUUAACCCAAACUCUGUAUUUGGGUGUGUACCUGACACGCCCAUUGCGCACACUUUGCAUAUUUUCAUGUUGAUGGUGAACCAUUUAGAUGUCUAAUAGGGGUAUAACGAACUCACCAAGCCUGCAACUUUAAAAAGAAAAAACAAACAAUUAAAGAAACAUAAAGCAGGAGUUUCCUUACUAAACAGUGCGUUGUAGCCAACUAACAAACACUGCAAAAUUCUGGCCCAAAACAAACUUUAAUCAACAAACAGUUUGGUUAAUUUGUACAUUAUAUUUAACAUGUGAUUGUAUCCGCCAAAACCUUACAAGUCAGCUGUAAGUCACAGUUUAGUGAUAUACCCCUAACUAUUUAAAUACACUUAGAAUGAUUGACUGUACCCGUCAAAAACUGAAGACUGGGUCACUUUGUUAGUUUUUCCACUCCCAAUACCAAUCUGUCAUAUACUCUUACAAUAAAACAGGCAUUUACACUAAAAACACAACCUGAUUGCAAAUGGACAACUGCCUUUCUACCCUCCCAUUACAACCUACAUGUACCCUACCCCCUACAACCUCACUCCGUGCAUGGAUGCACAACUUGUCCGCAGGAUCUGUGUUAGUGUAAAUUGCCUUUCGUUUCCACUUGGCUGACCCGCCAAGUUUUCCAUGUAAAUGCCAGUAAUACAUAUCUAAUCAUGUCUUCAAGGCAUACCACCCCCGUGCGAACCUCAUUAAUGGAUUAUUAGACAAUAAAGGGAAUAGUUUGAGGGCAGUACUUGGAUAAGAAGAUUAUUCCCCACCAUGCUGACUGCAAACAUUGUUUACUCAUUAGAACUUGUUCUAGAUUACACCUCAGUGGCCUCUGUGUGUUACCCCAUAUGAGGUUAACUCUUUAUACACAGAAAAUUCUAAAAAUUACCGAAUAUUUCCUGAUUUUUUUUACUUUGUUACAUUAUAUUACCCACGGCAGGCCUACUUAUUUUCCCUUCCUAAAUUGGAGACAGAAAAUGCAGUAUUUUGAUUUAUUUAGCUUCCCUGUUAAGAAAGGAAAUAGUUGAUCACUCUAGUGACAUUGUAACGCAGAUAAUUCUUCUUUAAAAAGAUCAUUUGUCUUUUUGUUAAGUAACAAUUUGUAAAUCACUAUACAUGAAAACAGGGUAGCAAACACAUUGACAUACGGUAUCACGGUUAAUCACUAAAGUGAGAUUUGGCUUGAAUUUAAAGUCAAUUUCAAAUUGCAGGCCAGUACAGCCAAAAUGAAAAUACAGCUCAUUAUUAUUAAUUUAUUUUUUAUAUUUUUUCAUUCAGUUUUUUUGUUUUUCCAAACGCUUUUUUUUUUUUUAAUAUAUAUCAAAUGUAUUUUGGUCUAAAAUGUGAAAUCCACUCUGAUUUCACUUUAAAUAAUCCUUCCGGAUGUUUUAUGAAAUACUACAAAAAAAAUUUAAAUAUAUAUACUGAUGUAGAAAUGGAUGUCGUACCUGGUUUUAAGCUUGAAUUUCAGAAAGGAGGGCAAAGGCAGAUGGUAAUAGUUUAAAUAAGAGAUGGGAGGGGAAGAUUGAAGUAAUGACUUGUGUAAACAUUUGGUGGUAAAUUCAUACACUCGGGGCUUAAUAUUAAAUUAAAGGGUGUGGAAUAAAAACAAUCAGUUUUUUUAAAUCAGAAGAAAUAUAUUUAUACACCUUCCCUUUUCCAAUCGUUAUUUUGAAAUUAUUGCUGGUCUACUUGAAGCAUCUAAUAAAAUAAGGAUUUUCAUGGUUAAAACUUGCAUUUUAAACUAUUCCUAUAUUUAAUAUAACUGUUAUCAUAAAAUAAUAAAAUCUGUCAGAUGGCAAUAUAAAGAGCUUAUUUAAAGUAAGAAUGUGAAUUUGAAUUUUUCAAAUAUUUAAAUAUAUAUUAUAAGUUUGUCGCAUUUUGGAAGGUACAGGGGUUUAUUUGCUAAACUUAGAAAUGGAACAAAUUGAAAUGCAAAUUGAAACAUUUAGGCAAAACAGCUGAUUUGUACUCACCACACAGCUAUCUUAGCAUGAAUUUUCCAAAUCCAGUUUACAACUCAGUAUUUAGAGCAGAUUUUUCAGACCCGAUUCCAAACAUCCUACUAUAGCUGAGGAUUUGCCUUGCGUUAGUAUCUUGUGAGCAUGAAUACCUAAUAGGUUUAACGUGGCAAUAUACGCAUAGCUCCUGUAGAAAUAAAGUCUGGUUGUAUCAAUCAAUUAAUCAUUGACAGAUGAUCACUAAGCUACAUUUGACAACCUGUUAUCUACUGUUGUAUCAGAUGCUAUUAAGAGAGUAUGAAGUAAUAGUUAAUAAUUUUUCCAUUGGUGGGAUUAAUUCUGAACUUAAAAAGGUUGUCUAUAGACAAUUUGGGACAUCUAGUCUUAGCAGAACCCUACGUCUACAUUAUUCUAGUCUUAUCUAAGCACGUCCUGUCUACAAACUGCCUAGAGGUGAUUACGGUGAAAUAACAAAUACCUAUACAAUACUGUAUUGAACAGCUCUCUUUAUUUGCUCCUUAAACUGCAUAAUGCCUAGUUUAGAAAACCGUUCACGAUAAAUGUAAGAGGGGGCAUGAGAUAAUAUUAUGUUUACUUAUCCCUAUAGCUAACGAAUGUGUUUGUGGGGUAUGAAAAUGAAGAGUCAAAAUCAAUAUCUCUUUAUCCUGCAAUUUGUCACCUCCAUCAUAGCUCCUCGUCAGUCAUUGUUGUAAGCUAUGUCCUUCGCAACUGACAGUCAGUACAGAGAGAUCUUACAGAGAGGAGGAGAAAGGAAACAAUGUUUCUAUAUCUCAUCUUCAUUUGCAUUGUGUGCCCUGGCUGUGCCAGAACUGAAUUUAAUUGUGAUGUAAUUUGCUAAAUCUCUCAUACAAAUUUAAAGGAAAACUGAACAUCAUCUGAUUUAAAAAUAAAUAAAUAAAUAAAAAUAAGAAUAAGAAUAAAUAAUAAUAAAAAUAAAAAGGUUGUAGGUGAUUUUUAGACUUGGCAGGAGGGCAUUCCCUCCAAUGGCCAUUGGAGCAACUAAAUGACCUCCAUUUGUCUAAAUAUACAUAGGGAUUAAGGACAGAGCGCAGGUAACUUUUUCUUUUCUUUGGUUUUUACUAUAUAUUGGGGCUGAUGUGUACUGUAGUCAUUGCUGCCGGCCCAGUAGUGAUGGUAGUGAGCGCAGGACUUUUCUUUUUGUAUUUGAUUUUUAGACUUGUAGAUUAAUUUUGGGCUGAUUGAGUGAUCGGUCGAAGUUAUGAACUCUGAGUUGAAAUGUACCCAAAAUGCGUUAUGCUGAGCAUGUUUGAUGAAGAAUCCACCUGUGGUAAAAGAGAGAGAUGGCUGAUUAGGGGAAUAAACAUGAUUGAUUGGCUAGGAGUCACUUGCUAAAUGUUUUAUUCACAGAUCAGCUGAGCAGUAAGCAACAGAAGGGGAAAAAAAAAAGUUUGUCUGUGAACCAAAUGUUGGGAAAAUGCCCCUAUAGGUAUUCUGUGAAAUAUAUUUGUAUAGUAUUUUAAUUUUUAUUUAUGUAUUUGGCAGCAUGCUAAUUGGAGCGUUUUUGCACCCUUUUUGUCCUUCAGUUUUGGUUCCCAAAUCGGAAUUUCGGUUUCAAAAUUCUGCUGAGCCAAGCUUACAUUCAGCUGAAAUUCAGGAAUCCUGAAAAUGUUUAUAUUUUGGGGAAACGUGGUUCAACCUAAUUGUCUUGCCAUGCAUAUGUAUAGCAAUUUUCAAUAUUUUGCUCCAUGCUAUAAACUCCCCUUUAAGAUUAUAAAGAAAAUAUUAAGAUUUUUCAUUAAAAUCCCAAAUUGUAAAGAAUUUGAUGAAUUACAAAACUCAGGCUAAAAUAGAUUAAAUGUGAUUAUAGCCAAAUUGGAAAUUUCCCUGUUUCGUCAACUUUUUGCCUACAUUUUGUCAAUAAGAUUUGGAUUAAUUGCAAAUCAAAAUUCAAUGAAUAUUUCUCUAAUUAUCAACAUCAAGUGCCCAAGCUUUGUGAAAGCAUUGAUUAGAAAUUGUCCUCCCCAUGUUAGAAUCUAGUCUGCUAGUGUUAAGGAACCUUAGUAGUAGAUGUUUUAUGUCACAAGAAAGGAAUGUAGGACAGCUGUCAGAUGAGCAAUGCAUAAAUCUUUUUUAGAUGCAGAUUAAAAUAAGAAGUCAAUAUUUUAUACAUCAACGUUCCUUUGUGCAAAAUAAACAAAAACAAAAAAAACAAAUAUUAUGCAUAUGAGAAAUAUAGAAGUGAAUUAUUCUAAAUUCUUAAAAUAUAAAACAAAUUAUGCAGCAAAUAUAACGGGGUCACUAUAAGGCACUCAAUCUACAUUACGUCAAACCAAGCAAGUGAAGGUCCCUCCUUGUGAGAGUUUAUAGUGUAAAGUAAUGAUAUUAACUAUAGUAAUUGAGUUACAAUUGUGAUGUGUCCAAUCCUCCAGAAAGGCAUUUGCAAACAUUUAUUAACAGCUUAAAGAGCUUUUAAUUCUGAUGAGGAUGGUGAUGAAAUUACAUUGAGUAUUCCAUUUGUUCCCCUGCCACUAAACAAAUGAAGUGAUUAAACCCUAUCAAAAAGCAUCAGUUAUGCUGCAUUAGCCAUGAGAAAGCUAAUUAUCCCAAUUAGAGGGCUGAUUUAUAAUUAAUGGCAUGGACCAAGUGAUAAUUGGAUGUUAAUGGAUAACAGUUUUUUUUUCUGUUUCAAAACCAUCUCUGUCGUUCCCAAAGGCCGCUCUGCCCUGGUGCUCUGAGCGCAGAGUAAAUGAGAAAAUAAAUCUGUUAUUAGUUUGUUCAAUGGGAACCGUUCGAGCUGGAACUCUGGGGAAUUUAAUGCAGUUUGCUGGCGAAAGUGGGGGAGCAGCUGUUGGUAUCUCAGUCAUCUGGCUCUAUCUCAUCUCUGCAGUAUCAAACCAGCAAAAGUCUGAAUGUGGUAAAUCGGGUAGGACAGGCAAGCUGACAAAGUUCAGAAGUCUUAGGGGGCCUUUUUACCUAGUACUGAGUUAAAGGAAUGCACCAAACACCUAAAGCACUGUAGCUUUCUAAAGCGCUUUAUGUGUAAAGAGUGUGUCCUUUUUCAUUUUUAAAAAAAGUGCAGAUUUCAAUAGAAAUGUUAACUUUUUAUUUAUUAAUCUUGUUACACCUGCAGGCUAUCAAAAAGACAACCAGUCCUUUUACUUCCUGGUUUGGUUAGCUCAGUGGAGCUAGACUCAAGAGGCAGCAAUUGCCUAGAGCACCUGCCUUGUACAGACUUCUUAUUGAGCUGCAUUGGGAGACUCUGAUUGGACAUCCACAAAAAGUCUGGACAGGGUUAGAAGGGGAGGGCUUACAAAGGCUACAAAAAAUACAUCUGCAGCUUGUGCAAGCUGUUAUGGUAUACCCUCAAAGAAAUAUAUAAUUAAAUACAUGCAUGGUGUCAUUGUGGACAUAUCUCUUAAAUAGUGACUUUUUUUUUGUGUGUGUAUGGAGUGUCCCUUUAACAACUGACUUGUAAAAUAUAGAUCAAUGUAUUCUUUACAUGUCAAGGGGAGAUCUGCUAUUGAGCUAGCGAUCCUUUGUAGUACAAUCCGGCAUUGGGUUGGGUAAAAUCUCUAUUUCAGCAAGUCUUCAUUUCAAAGUAUGUUGAGUUUCACAGAUCAUGCCUGAGCACCAAUAAUUUGAGCAGGGCAAAAAAAUAGUUUUUUAAAAGGAAUACAUUCCACAUUAAUUAUGACCUAGCUAGAAUGUGUAGGGUUCUUUCAAUUUACAGUGAGUUGCAGUAAAUUGAAAAUCGAGUAGUGAAAUGUAGAAUAACCUCUGAUUUGAAGAAAUGUUCCAAUAUGGCUAGUUUAGAGAACAUUUAGCAAUUUUUUUUCAUUUCCAGUUCACAAUAAUUCACUGAUUAAGGAAUAAACCAUAAUUUUUACAGAGACACACCUUAGAUAUUCACUGCUUUAUAUUUUCAGUAAGUAGGAAUUGUGAAAUCUUGGCCAAAAUUUAUUCUCCUUUUGAGAUUUUUUUUUUCAGUUCUGUUAAUUAUACCUAAAAUUAUUAUUUUUUGCAUCUUCAUCACCACUUCCUGUUUAGUAAAAAAUAUACCUAAAUAUAAUGUGUAUAUAGUUUGGUGUGAUCUGCUUCCUGUACACCUGGGAAUUUGAGCCAAAACAUUAAGUCACCAUUGGAGGACUCUGAAGAGUUGUCCUAGUUUGUUUUUGAUACUCAGGAGCCAUGAAAUCCAAUGUGGACAAAGCAGGUCAACUCAAUACCCCAUCGGCACGUAGUGUAUCUGUACUUUCUCAGAAUUGAGGUUAACUUAAGUGACAGAUGAGUUGUGAUGAUAGCUGACAGUUAAGCCAAAGUUGCUAAGUAGGGAAAAAAAUUCCCAAAAGGUCAGUUUGUAGAUUUAUUUAUUUUUAUUCAGUUGGCCGUUUUGGCUUACAUCCUACGAAAUGGACAAGGUUAUUCACUAAACUCUGAAUUACAAAUGGAAAAAACAUAGUCAAAAAUAGCCAAAUUGGAAUUUCUUUCCAAAUCAGAUAUUUUCACCUCAUUUUCAGAAUUCAUUUACAGAAAGUAAUUUAAGUGAAUAACUUCAAUAACUUUCCAUAAUUUGCAUUUGUACCCCUAUUCAACCAUCAAGCAUUUCAGAUCAGUGAAGGCUUAUCUGAGGCCCUACUUCUUCAAUAAGGCUCCCACCUAUAGGACAAAUGUUUGCUUUGAUUGCUCCAGAUGGACUGACGUUGCUUUUGAUUUUACCUUCUUAUCUUCCAGCUCUGUCCAUAAGUGACAUACUUAUACUUUGUUACAGUGGUUUACACUCUCAGAUUCCUCUGUUUAUGUUCUGGAAUGACAGCAGCACUAGUUGCUCUUAUUUGCUUUUGACUAACAAAGAUCUCCAUUCAUCGCAAACGCUGCAUUCUACUCCAUGAUAACGUUUAACGCCCCUCAUAUUGAAUUAAUGCAAAUAUACUUUAAUACAUGCAAAACCUUAGCCCUAAAUCUGGUCUUUUGUAUCCUGCCCCUUGUUCAGACUUUACACAAGUAAAUUGAAGCUAUCCCAUUUUCAGGCUACUGAUACGUUAAAUCAUAUUUUUGAACAAAAAAAGGUCUAUCGUAGUCAUUUCAGCAACAUAACCUAAACAUAUCUUUGUUAUACAAUCAGCAAGGAGAAGGAUUCUCCUGAUCACAUGCUCAGAAGAGAACUUACUGAGCAUGGACAUGUUGUAAGACUGGACAGGAAGUUGGACACGAUAUUGGUUUCGUUCAUCCUAACAGGAAACAGAAUGGGAUUUUAAAUCAUAGGAUAUCUAUCCAUCUUAUGGAAUAUUUCACAUAGGUUUUUAAUGGUACAACUUUUUCUUUGUGUAGCCGAAAUGCGAAUUUGAGUUUUAUUUGAGUCAAAGUUGGUCACAAAUGUGAUAAGGAAAACCAGUUCUGUUCUAGCCUUACUUAUUUUGUGUGUGGUCUGAAAAGGUGGGCGACAUCCAACCCAUUGUUUAGGAACUGCACAUUUCUGAGAGAAGGUUAGGCAGGUAUAGUAGAUACAAUAACACUGCGCUUGUUUUGAGAAUUAGAUUACGGAGUAUUUCAUGCCUUUUUACGUGCGAUGAGUCAUUCUAAGUUCAAGAACAAAGCACAAAUGCUCAAUAGAAACAGGUUCUUUUACAUUCAACCCCAGGUUGAAAAAAACAAAACCAGGUCAACUUUUAAAGUACUUUGGGGUACACAACCUAUGACCACAGGCAUUAUUAUUAUUUAGAUUAUUGUAAAGGGACAAUAUUUUUUAAAACAGUUUGAAAUUGAGACUUAUUCUCUACACUUGGAAUUCUUUAGAGCUUUCAAGUAAAAUGUACAUAUCAGGUACUAUAUGUACCUUCCAUUUUUUUUCUUUGAAAUUUGCAAUUCCAUCUCAUAUUCUCCACAAUUCCCAAUUUAGAGAAUUACCUCAAUUGUGUAUAUGUGUUUGUGUGUGUAUGUGUGUAUAUGUAUGUAUGUAUGUAUGUAUGUAUGUAUAUAUAUAUAUAUAUAUAUAUAUAAUAUAUAUAUAUAUAUAUAUAUAUAUAUAUAUAUAUAUAUAUAUAUAUAUAUAUAUACAUAUAUAACAAUAAGAUAGCUUGGCACUCUCCUUAACAGAAUUCUAAGUAUACCUGCCUGGGUGCCAUCCACAGUGCGUCCAAUAUAUAAACAAAGAAAAAUCCAGGAUGCACUCGCAGGACUUUGUGAGAAAUAUUGUGAUUUAUUUAAAUAAUGUGCAUUCAGCAACCAAAAAACGAUGUUUCGACCCCUGCGGGUCUUUCUCAAGGUUCAAUUUUCUUUGUUUAUUUAUAUAUAUAUAUAUAUAUAUAUAUAUAUAUACAUAUAUGAAAUGUGUAUAUAUACUACUAAAUCCAUACUAAGAGCUGUCAAUGAUACAUAAUUGGGUAACUGUUCAUUUUGGGGGUGUAUUUUUCAUAUAUAUCACAGUGAUAUAUAAAAUCAGUAUAGAAAAUAAAUGAUGCACAACCCAGAGUUUGUUAAAAUUUAGCUGAAAAAAUAAUGACUCUACCCAGACAGCCAGCCAGAUAAACUUAACAAGGAGAGUCAACCAAGUUUUAAUAAGGAACAGCUCCCCAACCACAAAACUAGCGCCUUGCUUGGUACCUGAAAAGCCAAUUAAAACGCCACUUUCACGGUCUGACAGAAAAACAUCCAUUUUACGGCUGCAGCAAGUUAAAAGUGCAGGGUGGUAAAUUUAGAGCUUAUGCCGUCAUGUAAAUCAAGUUGGAACAGGUCAACGGAAGGAGUGUGGCUUCCACUAUUGGGAAGACCGACACCUUAGAACCAUAACAUGGAACACUAAUACAUACAUUGUAUUUGUUAAUGUGAUCAGCACUCUGUACAGUAGCCGUAUAAAAUGGAGCAGACAGGUUUUAUAUGGCAAGCCGGACAGUAAAGAUACACACUUAACAAGACUACACAAUGGCUUUCAGCAAAACCUGGAUCUCUGGCCAAACUUUCUUCCUUUAAUCUCACUUGGCAGAAAAAUAAAUGUGAUUUAGAUAGCACAGUAAAAUUUAACCCCUUUUUACAAUGGGACAAUAUGUUUUCUUUCUUCUUUAUUUUAUUUUUUUCAUUUAAGGGGGGGGAGGAGAAACUGUAAAUGCGUUGGGUAAACUUGAAAAGUUAAAACAUCUUGUUUUAUCAAUAUAAGUCCUCUUUACAAGGAAUCCAUUUAAACGACAAUGAUUGGUACAAACAUACAUUUGCUUUGUGGUUUGCUCACUAGACAAUGAAUUGUGAAGAAUUGAAACAAUGAAUUGCAUACUUUAGGACAAACUUAGAAACUUUGUCAAACUCUUUUUGGCAAUUCUCUUGUCCAUUUUCCUUAACUCCCAGUUCAGUGAUUAAACCUCUGUUUCACAUUUGCUUAUUACGUAUAAUAUAAUCAGAGACAUGUCUGUCUUUGUUCCCUUUUGUGUGUUGUGUUUUUAAUGUAAAUUGUAUCAUAGUGAUGCUUUAAUAAUCCUGUAAUGUUUCAGAUCCCUUGAGCUUUUAUUUGGUAAUUAUGUAAAUUAUUAUUAUUAUUAUUAUUAUGAUAUUUAUUUAGUGCCAUCAAAUUCCGCAGCGCUUUACAAUGGGUGGACGAACAGACGUGUAGUUGUAACCAGAGAAGUUGGACAUACAGGAACAAAGGGGUUGAGGGCCCUGCUCAAUGAGCUUACAUGCUAGAGGGAGUGGGGUAAAAUUACACAAAGGUAAGGAUAGUAUUGGACUAGUGACAGUUGCAGAAGAGGAAUCAGUCGGGAGCUAUUAACAGUUUAAUUGAUACGCUUUUAUGAAGAAGUGGGUUUUUAAUGAUUUUUUGAAGGAGUGGAGACUGGGUGAGCUUCUAACGGAGGAGGGAAGCGAGUUCCACAGGAACGGUGCAGCCCUCGAGAAAUCCUGAAGGCGAGCAUCAGAGGUGGGAGUACGGGCAGAAGAUACACGUAAAUGAAUCAGACAACACAGAACAUGACACAUGGGGGGGACUAUUAAUAAAUUGGAAAGUGUAAAGUGUGGGUGGAGAAAAGACAUAUCACACAGUGAUAUAAACGCUCUGACAUAUGAUGACCCAUGACUUAUUGCUAUAUGAGUGUGAGCACACAUGGUGCCCAUAACUCUUCAGUUACCAUGAUAUUUGUUUCAAUAUUAUGCAUUAAAGCUCUGUUAUACUGUUUGUCACAUGAACAAAUAGAGGCAAAAAAAGCUUUUCCCACUUGACUGGUGACUAAUUACUACAUGAUCAUGAAACUAGUAAGACAGGGAGAAGAUUUUUUUUGUGUGUGCAUUUUACUGAUACAACUAUUAGUACUUUUUUGUUUGUUUGACUUUGUUUUUGUUUUUACUCUGUGUUAAAACACUCUCUUUCUGAGGCGGCAUGGAGGGCAUUCAGCCUGUGACAUGCAUACAUCACUUAGCCAUGCUAAAACAAAUAUUUUUGCUAUAAAAAUAUUAAAUUCCAUUUUUGUUACCUGUUCUCUGACACUUAUUUUCAAGUCAUUCCUUGCAAGGAAACCUGUUCCAUUAUGAUGCACUUUGAAUGGAUUUCAAAAUCUAUAUUCCUGUAUACCUUGUUUUUAGAAUUAUUGUGGUGUCCUUUAAAAAAAAAAAAAAAAAAAAAAUUUCCCAUACAGUUCACCUUUUCUUCCCCUAAACUACUAAUUGUGGAGAAUUGACAAGGAGAACUGCACAUUUUAGGCAAAAUAACUAGUUUGAAUAUCAGACAUGGAGUUGCAUAUCCCUUGUUGGUUCUCCAAAGUUCUCAGUUUAGUACAUUAACCCCUUUGUGUUUAUCACUUGCAUCAUUAUAGUUUGCUGUAGUACAUGUUGGCUACACUGUUGUGUUUGUUGUUGAUGUUGUAAUUCCUCUCAAACUGUUUUAACGGCUAUGGAAAAUGUAUUGAUUAAUAAUAGAAAGGGAUGUCUUUUCAGGGAUCUCUAAUCAUGCAGCACUAUGGGAUGAAUGGUUAUUCUCUGCAUGCCAUGAACUCACUCAGCGCAAUGUAUAACCUACACCAACAAGCAGCACAGCAGGCACAGCAUGCCCCAGACUACAGACCAUCUGUCCACGCACUUACACUGGCAGAGAGACUUGCUGGUAAGGACAACUAUGAGCCAAUCUAUUUGGUGUGUUAACAAUGCCUGAAUGAUACGUUUAAAUGCUUGUGUAACAAACAGCUUGAGGACAAAAGGAAUUGCAGUCAGGGAUAUUCCCUAAACCAGGAAUUGCUGGAAAUGGUAACAGGGAACUGCACUUCUGUCCAACGUAACUAAGAUUUAAAAAAAUAAAUUAUAUUAUUUUCUAAUUUAAACAUUUGAUCAAAAUUCUGCCAAGACAGUUUUAUAUGUUCAGUAGUUUUGUAAACCAUUAAAUAUAGAAUUACAAAAUAAAUGCAAGGAGUUAUAAUGUAUUUAUGAAGAAUUCCUUUUGUGUAGUUCCGUUUUCAGACGUCAUUAUAGGUCCUUGUUUUAAAAAUUUCAAGGUUCUAGUUUGUGCUUGUUGCUGUCAUGAGACAUAACACGCUUGUAAUGGCCACCAACGUCAAGCUAUAGACAUAUCUGGAAGAGUCACUGUGUCAAGGUUAUACGUGUCCUAGACUGCAUGGACACAUUUUGAAAUGUUGAAAAAUGGCUUUAUUUUUAUAGUUAAAUACACAAAAUAACAUCAACAUGUUUUUAACUAGGAAUAUUACACUUCACGUUGAUAGCUUCCAAAUAUGAGCAGGAGUAUGUUGUUACUCAACUCAAUAGUAGUUAAAUUAUUGACCUUUGAAUGAUGAAAUAAUGGGUUGACCUUGGUGAUCUCACUGGCUCCCAAUUUUGAUUCCUUAUUUUUAAUUCCAAUAGCCUCACUACCUGUGAUCUUCUCUUAUCUUUUAUUCCUGCUUGGAUUCCUCCCCCCCACCACCCCUCAGUUUAUCUCCAAGCAUUCUUCAACUGUCAUAAUCAAACAUUUAUACUAAAAUGGUCUUCUUGGUAUAGACUCUGUUCUGAGGUCAUUCACCACUGUAGAUACCUGUGUCCAGGUACUGAAUGCUCACUAAACAUGUGCAAAAAUUAGUUUGAAAUGAUUUGUCCAAAGACAAGUUCUGGUAAUCACGGAAAAAAUCGGUUCCAAAUCUUUUUCACCUGUAGUUUUACCUGUGGAGUCUACAGAUUAUAUUUAUUUGGAUUCUGUUUGUUCCUGUAUUGAUUUAACAGGAAUUUUAUUCAGGCGAAAUGCUUCAAAUACAUUGUGCAGGACGCUGAGAGAAGUUAGUUUAUCUUUUUUCUAAUACAACAAACCCCAAACUUUAGCUGUCCUUAAAAUUCAAUCACCUUGACCAAGCACUUUCUAAAUGUAAAAAAAAUAUUGGGUAAAUAAAAUGUUUGGAAAAGUGCUAGGCCAUAUUGGUUCCCAAGAACAUCUGGAUUUUAUGUGUUUGCUGUAUUCUUCAUCCUAGCUCCAUUUAAUGCUAUAUAUUAUAUUCUUCUCCAUCUUCAAAUCUUCCUUUUCUUAAUGCCCUCUUAUCCAUUCUGCCCUAUUUUAUCUCCUUGCAACCGUGUGAGAAAUGAUGUUCCCAUUCCCACUCACGGUUCUAAUUUAGAAUGUUUAGGUGUACAGGCACUUACCAUACAACAAAGUUGUAAAUAUAUUUUAUACCUUGGAAUAAUGGUUAAUGACAGACAGACGAUACAUUGUUUUUUAUCUCCCAGCAAAAAAAAUGGGUAAUGCAUAUAUGUGUACAUAGCAAUGCAUACCUUUUCCAAUAAUUAAAUUUGCCCUAUUUUAUCUUCCAACGGCUGUACAUUUCAAGACAUUAUCCUAGAAGCCCGUUAUGGAUCCCAGCACCGCAAACAGAGAAGGAGUCGCACUGCGUUCACGGCACAGCAGCUGGAAGCUCUGGAGAAGACCUUCCAGAAAACUCACUAUCCUGAUGUGGUGAUGAGGGAGAGGCUUGCCAUGUGCACCAACCUCCCAGAAGCUCGAGUACAGGUAAUUGCAGACCCAUAGCACUAUUUUCUUCAGUAACAGAAAAUAAACAGGAAAAGUGUUUUUGUGCAAGUAAAAUGUCCAAUAAAUUGCUUAAAUUGUUUAGUGUGGGGGUUACCAAAAUCUCAAGCCUUAUAGAUACCAAAUAAUAGACAUGUGGAAUUUGUUUUGUUCCGAAUGUACAUUCAGACAAAUUUCGUGAAAUUCGGACAUUCGGAUGCUUACGAAUGUCCGAAGUCUGAAUUGCCGAAUUUCUGAAGUGCAAACUGAACCUAAUUGCCAAAGGCCCGAAUUGCUAAAGUCCCGAAUUGUGUUAGGGUUUAGGGGCUAGGGUCCGAGUUACUGAAGUUCCGAAUUGCCAAAGUCCCUAAUUUUGAUGUGCCGAACCAAACCGAAUGCCUUUGGUCCGAAUUGCCGAAGCAGACACAUUUUUUUUUCUUACCUGAAUUUCCAAACCGAACCAAAUUUUUUGCCCGUGCACAUCCCUACCAAAUAAUUAAAGUUCAAGAUCUACUGAUGGGCCACCUUUUGGCUACUCCUGCUGUAGCAUUCUGCUCUGAACUGUUUUCAUUCUCUUCCAUGUUUGCUGUCUAGUUCAUAAUUUUUCUAGAACAAGCCCUUCUCUACAGUUUUGCCUUUUGCAUUGCAGAUUGUACUCUUUUGGGCUUUGAGAAAGGGUCAUUAUAGGUCUAUUAUUAACCCACCUUCACUCAAUUCUACUUUAUUCCCUAGACUUCAGAUUUACAAAACCCUCCCUUCCUUGUAAACUCUGCUCUUUAAAGUAAAGAUUAAAAUAAUUACAUUUUCUGUUUAAAAGGGAGGAGAGCUUUUUCAUACACAUACCAUUUGAAGGGGACAUCUGGUAAACCCACCUCAGACUUACAUCUGCUGGAAGAAAAAAGUUUGACCCAACCACUAAAUUAUCAAAUGCAUUGUAAAUACAUGCAUGUAAACAUUAUUUAUACUAAUAGCAGCAAGAAUUUAAGCAAAUAUCCGGACAAUUAGUGAUGUGCAAAUGAUUUACCUUAACAUGACAAACCAUUAUAGAUACGAGUAUAAAACACGAUUUAAAUAAGAUUUUGCCUUAUCUAUUCCAUAGGUUUGGUUUAAGAACAGAAGAGCCAAGUUUCGUAAGAAGCAGAGAAGUCUUCAGAAAGAGCAGUUGCAGAAACAGAAGGACUCAGAAGUGAGCAGCAACAGUGAGAGCAAGGUUGACUCCGCCCCUGCGGAUCCUGCAACACCCAGCCAUGACUCCAAGAAACCUUACAGCUCAGUGACUGAUACUAGCGCUGACCUUAACCUCACCCUCUCUGAACAGUCUGCAGGUGAAUCUGCAGGAGAAGAGCAGACCGACAAGGAGGAAGAGCCCAAAACACCACAUGCAGAACCCAAGAUAGAGAAAAUUCAAACCCCAGACACCAAGAUUUUAAAUUGCAAGAGAGCAAGCCCCAAAUCAGGUGAGUCUAAACCCCUUCUGAUGAAAUCUUCUGAAUCAUAUAUGUCUUUUUACACAACAGAGAUGGAGAACACAUAAUAUAAACUAGUUUGUUACCUUGGGGAUGGGGGGGAUUUUAUGCCUGCAUAUUAAAAUCACCCCAUGUCUGCACGUUAUUCCUUGUUCUUCACCUACAUUUCUUUUGUAAUAUAGCAUCUAACAGGACAGUGCCUGACAUAUUUAUAAAGUCACCGAAGAGUGAAUUAUUGGGAAUUCAAAGUGAAUUUAAUUUUUUAAGCCAAAACAGCCCAUCCAAAAAUAUAGUUGACUUGGAGAAUUUAUCUAAUUCGGCUAUUUUUGCGUAUAAUUUGAAGUUGACUUUGAACUCGCUAUAGAUUUGCAACAAUUAACACAUUUGUGUCCCAGAACUAUAUUUGACAUUAAUAACAUAAAGACAGAGAGCUGAUUGUAAACUGAUUGUUUGCAAAAAUAAAUAAAGGGAUUGUAAAGAUUGGUUUCAAUAAUCACCUUUAAAAAAAUUUUUUUAAAAAUGACUGAAAGUGGUAUUCACCUGAUUGGGUAAUUUAUUGGUAAUUUAAAUAAGGUAAAAUAUUAAACAUGAAAUCACAUUAAUGAUGAAUUCUGACAGUAAUCCUAAUAUUACAAAUUCCGAAUCCGCAUUUUUAUUUUAAAUUUUAUUAACUGUCUUUUUAGCCACUUUGUAGUAAUGUACUACUGCUAAACAAUUUUGAAAAAAAAGCAUUUUAUAAAUAAUUAUUUUCUGAAACGCUGAAUUUAUUUUUAUUGCAGAAUCGCCAGUCAGUGCCACAAUGACGCCUUCAUCCAGCAGUUGUCUCACCCCAACCCAUUCUUAUUCAUCUUCCCCUCUCAGCCUGUUUCGCUUACAGGAACAAUUCCGCCAGCAUAUGGCAGCCACCAACAACUUGGUCCAUUACUCGUCCUUUGACAUGGCUAGUCCUCCAGCAGUGCCCUACUUGGGAAUGAAUGUCAGUAUGGCUCCACUGAGUUCCCUCCACUGUCAGUCCUAUUACCAGUCACUGUCCCAUGCUCAGCAAGUGUGGUCUUCUCCCAUCCUCCAAACACCAGGAGGCCUCCCAAGCCUUAACAGCAAAACAACUAGUAUUGAGAACUUAAGGCUCAGAGCAAAGCAACAUGCUGCUUCCUUGGGACUUGACACUCUUCCUAACUGACUUCAAAACAUUGGCCAAUAGAUGCUACAUUUAGAUGAGUGGCUACCAAAUGUUUCAGUUCAAUUCAUUUCUUUUUCAUGUAGUGAAAACAGUUGCAAGCAUCUUGAACGCAUUGCUUCCAAACAUAAAUAGGUCAUGUUUGUCAAGGAAUGAUCAACUGGUUUUAUUCUAAUAACAGAUAUAGAUUAAUUAAAUUGUUGUCAAAUUGUAACAUCUUUGUACUGUGAGUAAACAAUGAUCAGAAGAGGGCUUGUAGACAAUAUUAUCUAUCUGUUGGCUAGGUUAUCUUUCUAAAACACCCUGAGGACCACGUGAGCAAACAUCUUUCACAACCACACAGAUCUUGAAGAACAUUGCGAUGGAUGUAUCUGUGAUGCCUGAUUUACAAUAUUUAACCUACAGGGACAUUCUGCUAAGGUCCAUUGUAAGAAAUAAGUGUGUAUGAGUGCGGGGGAAGGGGUAAACAGAGCAGGAUUACCUUUGAGGUGCCCCUCUGCAGUCGCGUAGGGCCCAUGAGUUAGACAGGUGCCCUGGAACCAUACAUUUGGUUGGCCCCAUUAAACUUUCCUUGUGCAGAAUGAAGGGGGAUGCCCAUACUGGUAACCUGCCUAGGUCCUGUUGGAAUUGUAAUCCUUCUCUUGGGGGUAAAAGAUUAGCUACAUCAUUUUGUUGAUCAAUCCAUUUGAAUCAUGCCACACAUAUUUAGCAUGUGCCAGCCUACACCUUAAAAAAAAAAAAAGAAAAAAAGAAAUGCCAAAAUAAUUUUGCAUUUCUGGUUUGGUGUUUCUAAGCGUACAUUUAGUAUUGCUGAUAUCCUGGAGAUUAUUUAGAAAGAACAAGAAUAAUAUAAAAACAGAGUGGUUUAUCGUGUCUGAAUUCUCUUUCAUUUAUUAAUGUCUCGGUAUAACACCUUGGCAUAGCAAUACGUAUGAAGAGAAUGUGUUGUUACCACAACUUUCCUGCCAUGGGUUGGCAUCUGUGCCAGGAACUUUGUGUUGGGAACUGUUGGUUUAUAAAAUCUAUAAAACUCUGAAAAUUAAUCAUAACGCAAUAUCUCUGUGAUGUAUCUGGUUUCAUAAACAGAUGAUAACAUUGCCUUCACCGAAUGACAUAAAUCUCACAUGCUAGAACUACGUUUAAAUGUUUGUAUUAGAAAGUCAGUGGAUUUUUGGGCUGAUUAGGCAGUAAAAGCAGUAAUAGUGUGAAUAUUUUUCCGUGAUGAGGAUGUUGGCUAUUGACCCAUUUUUUCAAAGUAUAGAUAAGAAUAAAAACUCUACACAGAAUACAAAUAAUUAGUGCAGAAGGUAUAUUUUUACAAGAGGUCACCCUUAGUUUAAGACGGCAAAUCAGUUGGUAUUCAAACAAAGAUUAAAUAUAAAUGUAUUGAUAAAACUACAUCUACAUUACAGAAAUAAUACAUGUGUUUCAUAAUGAAUGCUUUUUAUGAAUUGUUAGUAAUAGAACACCACCUAGCGGGAUAUUUCCAUGCAAUCACAUUACUCAAAGGAAGUCCACAUUAAGAUAUUGACCGAAUAGCAAUAGAAUUGUCUGGACAGCUCAACAGAAUUUAGGCAAUUCCCCAGCUAAUGACUUUCAGGCACGAUCUAUGGCCAUAAUUCUGUUGGCUUGGCACGGUGACUUAUCUAGUUUCGCAACAGUUAAAGGACCUCACAUAGUCCAGCUAUGGUAACUUUAUAUCCUCCUGUAUGGUCAAGAUUGUGAUCCUUCAUAAAAUGAAAUGAUAAACAAUACUCCCAUUUCUAUGUAGGGAUUUAUUUAUAUCUAGCUUGAAUAAACCAGGCUUUGAUAAAUUCCAGUAUAUUGGAAACUGUUUACUUCUGGUUAAUUUCAUUUGUUCUCAGCUCUAAUUUUUCAUGAGAACUUAAACAAUAUCACAAUGUACUUUCAGUUUCAAAUCUGGUGGUUUUAGUAAACAUUUAAAAGAUCAAAAAUAGUGUAUGUCAACUUGGUACCUCUUCUCCUCCAUGCGAUUUCAUCAUUAAUGUCCCCUAAUUACAUUACUUCAUGUAUUCCUACAUUUAUUACUUUCACUACUGAGUCCAAGAAUUACAACUAAGUUAUCAUGAUCAAUAUCUGUGAGUUGUGUGCAACACCAUACUAUAUGUUGGAAUCUGAAUAGUCACUACCUCAAAAUUUGCAUGGGAAGCCUUAGACUCCAAGGACGGACUGAUAGAUCAAAGGAAAUUUAGAAUUUUUUUUUAAAUCUCGUUGAUGGGCAUAGGAGUGUGGUCUGGACCUCCAGUGGCACGGAACAGUUCUGCACAGCUUCCUCCAUAAUUAUCUAGAAUCAUUUUGGAAAUGCCAUGUAGGAAAUGGAGUCAGCGUGCUUUAUAUCUGAUAUCAAAAUGUAGUGGCUAUAGUGGCUAGAUUACCCUUUCAAUAGGUGAUUCUUGUAUAAAAUAAUCCAGGGCAGCACUGCCUACAUUACAGGCCCACAAUGUACAUUUUCAAUUUCCCUUUUUUUAAAGGAGAAAUUUAGUCAACUAAUGUGUAGAUUUUAGAUGUUUAUUAAUGCACUCUGACUGCUAAACAUUGGUGAUUGCCCCUUUAAAGUCUGAAUGCAACUGCAUCACAGUCAUGUACAAAUUGCCCCUUUAAACACUAAAUGCAAUGUAUCUUGGUUAUGUACAAAGUGUAAAAAUGCUGUCAUUUCUCUGAAAUAAAUCCCCGCUUGUAUAUAGGUAAAUGGUUGAAAUGUCCUUUGUGUGUUAUAUGUCAGUGUUGCUUCCCAGAUUGUGUCACUUUCGACCUGAGUUAGGUUCGGCUCUGUCUGAUUGGCUUGUAAUAUACCACGGAGCGAUGGCCUGAGGCUGCGAGCAAGGGCAGAGGUUACUUUGUUUUAAUGUAUUACUAAACCUCCACUGGCUCAAUCAUGAAUCAGGUCACUAUAUUUUAGGGGGAAACAUUGAGGUCAAUGUUGCAAAGGACAGGCAGUAUUUAACUCUUAAAGAACCCAUUUAACUUUUAUUAGUCAGGCAAUAGCUUUCUCAAGGCACAUUUUAAUAUUCUUUUAAAAUGUAAAGUGUCAUUUUUAAAGGUACAGAACUGGGUUAUAAAUAAAAUCACCUACUUUGCUAUUUAAUUCGGCAUUCUCUGCCUCCAUCUAAGUGCUAUCCCUGGUCUAAUAAUACAGACAACUUUUAUUGUAUCGAGAAUGAAAUAAUUCUAUUUAGUACCAUACAUACGUAGAUGGUUUUCUGCCAUAAAAGCAAAAUACCCUUUAAUUGCUGUAUUGCUGAAAAAGUAUUUAGAUGUUGUUUUGACGACCAUAUAGUAACAAGUAUUUUCACCUGUGUCUAUUAGCCGUCUGAUAAAAACAAACAUUGUGCUUUUUGUUUUGGUUUUUUUUAUGACUUUGCUUCCGCAUAACUUUGACACAAGGUUAAAAAAAAAUCUGGGAGAUUAUACUCACACACUGGUGUGCAUUGCCGGGACUUCGAAGUGAAUUUAAAAUGUUUACAUAACAAUUUCCAGUCUGAAAACAUAGCUGAAUUGGAGAAAAUGAAAGAAACGAAAUAUACAAUAAAUUUCAUACUAAACACAAU